AGCCGUUUAACCCCAACCCUGGACCCUUCCGAUGAUCGUCCGUCGCCCCUCCGGGUACCUCGGACCUCAGGGCUCAGGAGGUCUGAGGCAGAACUCAACCGAAUUUGCCAUGCGGCCUUCCGAUCACCGCGUUCAUCUCCCAAUCCUGAACAGGCUGAUGAGAUCACUGAAGAGUCUUUGAUCUCUGACAUUCAGAAACUGAAGGAGAAGCGAGACAUGCUGGACAGGGAGAUUACCCAGUUGGUAUCAGAGGGCUACCGUGUGAUUGAACUGGAGGAACAUAUCUCCCUCCUCCAUGAGUACAAUGAUGUCAAGGAUGUAGCACAGAUGCUACUGGGCAAACUGGCUGUGACCCGAGGUGUUACCACCAAGGACCUGUAUCCAGAUUUUGAUCUAGACCUGAACGACUGAGCAGAAUUGCGCGAUUUCAUCCACAGCACAGUCCACAGGGACAAGUGGAUGGGACCAUGAAGAGCAGAGAGCCCAGACAGUACAUUCACGUGCUUUCCAGAUUUAAAAAAGCAAAAACAAAACACUAGAAGUCCAAAAUUUUUUAAAGAGCCCAAACUAAAUUUGGGGUGGGUCCUAGAAAAGAGGGGUGUUGGGAAGGGUCCGAUUUGUUAGUGCCAAGGUUUCUAAAUAUAUUUGUGAAUGGA